UUUUUGACAUGAAGCAAGUUUCUAGCUCGUGACUUGGCGUGACUUGAACGAAAAUUUGUACACCUCUACUCAAUUGGAACUAACAUGCCGAUUGGAAACGCAGGCCGUAUUGCUAUUUGUUGGGGAUUUCUAACAAUUGGUGGAGUGUACGCAUUUGUGUUGUCAAAAAAAUCUGUGGACACCCGGCGAGUUGAAACUUUACGUGUACGCGAGCGCAUGAAGAAGGCAAAUCACGGCGACUACGAUCACACUAUUGCGGACAGGCGUUUUGACUAAAAAACCCAAAACAUU